UCGCUUGCAGCCGUUUCCGUCGCUGUGUUAGCGGUCUCUUGCUGAAGGGGCCCGGUUUUCCUGCAAUCUGGCCGACCCCAGCCGUGGCUUUUCGGCGACCGUGCCUUGCAGGCUCUCCUCCCCAUAGACCCAAUCCAAAUCUCUCUUGCCGCUGUGAGGAUCCCCGGAUCCCACACCUGAACCAGGCAGAUUGAGCUCUCCUACAAUAAUGAAAGGAAUUGAAAUGCAUUGAGAUUUCUGACCUGAGAGUCCAGUGUAACUGCUCGAUUUUCAAUACCCUAGCUUGCUUAGGCUUGAACUUGCUGAAAUUGUGUGAAAAAGCUCCCAGAAUGAUGGGUGAGACAUUCUCCCAGCUGGGCUCUCAGGAGGAUGAAAACAAGUCGAUCCUACCCCCUGACCCAGCCGUUGGUAGCAAGGCUGCCAAAUAUGCCAGCAAUGGUAGCAGCAAGUGUUUUUCUUCCUGUGCGCCAUGUGAAAGGGCUGCCGGUGCCAGCUUUGUAACUUGUCCCACCUGCCAGGGCAGUGGGGAGAUCCCUCGAGAGCUAGAGAAGCAGCUGGUGGCCCUCAUCCCCUAUGGAGACCAGAGGCUGAAGCCCAGGCACACGAAGCUCUUCGUGUUCCUGGCAGUGCUCAUCUGCCUGGUGACCUCCUGCCUCGUCAUCUUUUUCCUGUUUCCCCGGUCCAUUGUUGUGCAGCCUGGGGGCCUGAACUCCUCCACUGUGGCCUUUGACGAGACUGAUAUCCGCCUCAACAUAACGAAUAUCUUGAACAUCUCCAAUAGCAACUACUACCCUAUCACUGUGACCCAGCUAACCAUUGAGGUUCUGCACCUGUCCCUCGUGGUGGGGCAGGUCUCCAACAGCCUCCUCUUACACAUCAGCCCUUUGUCCAGUGAACAGAUGUUUUAUGCAGUAGCCAACAGGAUCUGGGAUGAAAACACAUACAAGAUCUGUAGCUGGCUGAAAAUCAAAGUCCAUCAUGUGCUUUUGCACAUCCAGGGCACCGUGACCUGUACCUACCUGAGUCAUUCAGAGCAGCUGGUCUUCCAGAGCUAUGAAUAUGUGGACUGCCGGGGAAACACAUCAGCGCCCCACUUGUUGGUCCCUCACCCGCCGUGACCUGUCUGCUGUCCCCAAACUCCAGGCACCUGCCAGCCUGGUCUGUACCUCUCACAACUCUGUGCUACCUGAGGAAGGACUGUGGUGACUUUGCCCAAGGAAAAGCACUGCUUUAUCAUACCACCCCCACCCCUGGACACACACACUCCUCAGCACAGGAAGCUCUCAGAUGUCCUGGUUCUGCCGGGGUUUCCACUUGGUCUGUCUUGAGGCAAGUCUGACCUGCUGUUUCCUCAGAGUUCCUUAGAAUCCUUGGCAUGGCCCCUGCCCUUUCUGUUCUGAGCACCUUAGUUGCCCAGCUCCUCAGGUCUGGCUUUCCACCUGCCUGAAAGUGGAGAAGCUUCCAUUUAUCUGUCUUUAAAAACAGGAAUUCUUUUCAGGUUCUCCACCUAGUGGCUCUGCAUCCUUCCUGGUUAAAAACGAUCCUGGUUCCUAGGAAGACAACCGUUCUCUAGCUCAAGCUUCUCUCCUUGAAACAGUUUUAUUAUUGUCUUUAUAGGAGGAGCAAAGUAGUAGGGGAGGGGAGGGAGGCACCUGGCACCCCUUGGGCCUACACAGGAAAAACAAAGCCAGAGUCAUUUUAGAAGGUAUUUAUUUAUUGAAGGAGAGCUUCUGGCUGGUGGUGAGCCCACAGCCCUGAGCCCAUGCAAGUAGACACAGGCAGGCCAAGCAGUGGGCCCAGCUGCUGUCUCCCCCAAAGCCUGCAGAGGUGAAGCUGCACCAGGACCCACCCUCUGCUCCCAGAGGCCUCUGCGUUCCUUUGGGCAUUGACAGUAUGAAGCGGCACAUCAGUAGGGACUGGUCUCACACCCUCUUUGCUGUCACUCAGAUGAAGCCAAGCCCCAGGUCUUCCAGGUCCAACUGGGCUCCGAGUGGAGGUUUCUGUUCUUUAGCUGAGCAGAAUGGUAUUUGCUCACCAAAAGUGGCUAAGGUUUUAUCACACAGGCAGAGAUGAGCUUCGGCGGUGGGGAAAGCUGAACUUAAAGUGGGAUGGAUGAAGACGGGGAACUGGUGACAACUGGUGACUGGUUGGCUGGCUGGGAGGACGAGAGGAAGGAAGGAAGUUGUGCUGUCUCUGCACUUUCAUGUCUGGGUAACUGGGGUCAAGGUGGUGCUGGCAGGAGCACAGAAGUCCGGGAAGGCCAGGCUAGAGCUGCUUCUGUGUGUAAGUCACCAAAUGUAAAGAAUUUAUAUUGUUGUCAAUAAACUA